AAUUAUUACGAAAAAAUGUCUAGUGAAAGUAUAAAAACGUUUGCUAGCCUUGAAACACCUGGAUAUGUGGGAUUUGCAAAUUUACCUAAUCAAGUACAUAGAAAAUCAGUAAAAAAAGGAUUUGAAUUUACACUUAUGGUUGUUGGAGAGUCUGGUCUUGGAAAAUCAACAUUAGUAAAUAGUUUGUUUCUUACUGACUUAUAUCCAGAACGCGUAAUUCCUGAUGCUAUUGAAAAAACUAAUCAAACUGUUAAACUUGAUGCAUCAACUGUGGAGAUUGAAGAAAGAGGUGUCAAACUUAGGUUGACUGUUGUUGAUACCCCUGGUUAUGGAGAUGCAAUUGAUAAUACAGAUAGUUUUAGAGCCAUUAUACAAUAUAUAGAUGAUCAAUUUGAAAGAUUUUUACGUGAUGAAAGUGGUUUAAAUAGGAGGAAUAUAGUGGAUAAUAGAAUACACUGCUGUUUUUAUUUUAUUUCACCAUUUGGUCAUGGAUUAAAACCUUUGGAUAUAGAAUUUAUGAAACAACUUCAUAAUAAAGUUAAUAUUGUGCCAGUCAUUGCAAAAGCUGAUGUACUUACAAAAAAAGAAGUACUGCGUUUAAAAAAACGAGUUAUGGAAGAAAUUGAGGGCAGUGGUAUAAAAAUCUAUCCUUUGCCAGAUUGUGAUAGUGACGAAGAUGAAGAUUAUAAAGAACAAGUUAGACAGCUAAAGGAAGCUGUACCAUUUGCUGUAUGUGGAGCAAACACUUUACUAGAAGUGAAGGGACGCAAAGUACGUGGACGGUUGUAUCCAUGGGGUGUAGUAGAAGUUGAAAAUCCUGACCAUUGUGAUUUUAUAAAACUAAGGACAAUGUUGAUUACACACAUGCAGGAUUUACAAGAAGUGACUCAAGAGGUACAUUAUGAAAAUUAUCGCAGUGAAAGAUUAGCAAAAGGAGCCCCUGUGCCACCUCGCAGACAAACCAUUGUAGACUCCGAAAAAAGCAAUUCUGUAUCAGAAAAGGAUCGCAUUUUACAAGAAAAAGAAGCAGAAUUACGACGUAUGCAAGAAUUAUUAGCGGUAAUGCAGGCACAAAUGCAACAGCAACAACCUUAA